AGAUAAGUUCAAAUGAGCCAACCAAAACAGACGACAGUGUCAUCCCAUGUCACAUCUCCACGAAACUACAGGUGUAGGAAUUUCUGCUCCCAACUAGCAUAGAUUUUAAUUUUGGGUCUUGCCAAUGCACUUGAUAAUUUGACGCAUAAAACUGACAAACUUUGGUCGUUCAAGUUUCAAACCAAGCUGUAUAUAUAUCCUGUAAUUUAACAUGACUUUGGUCCCCACAGGACUCAAUCUUUUGUCUAAAUUGCAAAGUAAUCAUGUCGAUUACAAUUAUAUUACAUGGUACAUACCCUUUGAAGAAUGUUGACAUAAAACAUAGGACAAAAGGGUUGUUUUCCUCAUCUCUUAUCACACACCUACCUAGUAUUAUAUUACAGGAUACAAUUGUCCUUAUCUGCAUGAUCAAACAGCAUAUAUAUAAUCCAUGCACAGUGACUGCAAAUAUACAACCAUUUUGAUCGAUAAUAUCGGCAAUUCAUCAUUACAUUUCCUAGUUUCCUACGUAGACUUUAAUAAUACCUUCAUCUUCAUGGACAAAAAAAAUCAUCAUUCAGAAAUUCAACUCCCUCCUGGAUUUAGGUUCCACCCUUCAGAUGAAGAGCUCAUUGUUCACUAUCUAAGAAACAAAGUCACUUCAUCUCCUCUUCCUGCUUCAUUCAUAGCAGAAAUAGAUCUUUACAAGUACAAUCCAUGGGAGCUCCCAAGUAAAGCUUUGUUUGGGGAUGAAGAAUGGUAUUUCUUUACUCCAAGAGAUAGAAAGUAUCCAAAAGGAUUGAGGCCUAAUAGAGCAGCUGGUGCAGGUUAUUGGAAAGCAACUGGAACUGACAAACCUAUUUUUACUUCAUAUGGGUUGAAAAGCAUUGGAGUGAAGAAAUCUCUUGUGUUCUAUAAGGGACGUCCACUAAAAGGGUCUAAGACUGAGUGGAUCAUGCAUGAGUAUAGGUUGCAUGAUUCAAUUAUCUCAAAUUCCAACCAUAGUGGGUCUAUGAGACUGGAUGAGUGGGUGUUAUGCCGAGUUCGACAAAAAACCGGCAGCCCAAGAAGCAGUUGUGAAGAUUCAAACGAACUUAGUUUUGAAACAUCAAGUCACUUUCAGCAAAUGAAUGACAACUCUAGUCCUGAACCAGUCAAAAACUAUGUGCAGAAACAGAAUGAAUAUCCAAUGUUACCUUAUAUUUUAGCUUCUAAGAGUGUUCUACCUAAUUCCAUUGGUAUGUCCUCAAACAAUGAAAAAUCACAUGCUUCAUUGUAUGAAAACAACUUAAACAUAAUAGGAGCACAGUUCUUAUCAUCUGCCGCCGAAGGAUUGUUUAAUCCGCAGAAGCGAAAAGCCGUUGAAGAGAAUAUUGAGAUGGACUUUUAUGCUGUCCUCAAUAAAAAUCUAAGCAGAGAAGUCGAUGAUGUGAAUCAAAGACUUGAGAUAGAUUUAAGCAAAGGGUACAAUUCCUACAACUUUGAUCAGUGGACUUCAAUCAUACAACCUCAAGAGCUUAAUAGCUUAGCCUUCACUGGAUAUACAUAACUUAGGUGCAUGGACAUACAUGCUUAUUUGUGUGCAUAUAUAGAAUCUGCAGAGCUUAUGUGAUAAAUGGAAGAUAUUCUAUAUGUAAAUAAGGAAGAAUAGGGUAUUAUUCUACAUGUAGUUGGUUUUAUACCUGUAUUGUGUGAUUAUUCUUUAUUAUUAUAGGACAUGGUAGUAGUGUAUAUAGUUGAAAGAAUAGGGUAUUAUUUCAGUAGUGUGUAUAGGCAUAUGUGAGAUAUAGUUUGAAGAAUAAAGGGCCAUCAUAGUGGAACUGAGUUGUUGACUGUAUAUAUGUAUUAUACCUUGUAAAUUGAUUUAUGAAAUUUAAGUAUUUAUUGCUUUC